AUGUUUCUUUGUUUAGAUAAAUUCUUCUGCGAUUUUGAAGAUCCUAACAGUUGCCAAUGGACACAAGAUAAAAGUGAUGAUUUCGAUUGGACCAGAAAUCAAGCUUCUACACCAUCAGAAGGCACUGGUCCACUUACAGAUCAUACCAAAGGUUCAGGUAAGUGUUAUAUUAUGUUGGUUGAGAUACCACUACCAUCACUUUCAUCAUCAUCAUAUUCACCAUCAUUAUCACCACCACCAGCGCUAUCACCUUUUCACCAGCAUCAUCACCACCCAUAAUGAUCAACAUCACCACUACAAACAUCAUCAUGACAGAUAUCACCACCAUCAUUACCAUCAAAGUUCUAUAUCCGCUGACUUUUUAUUUAAUUAAAGAUUCUUGUUUUAAAAUAUUUUUUACUUGAAAUAUAUUAUAUUUCAAUUUUAAAAUGUAAAUCUAUUACAUUGUUUAACCGAAGAUGGAUAAUUAACAAUUAUUCUGGGAACUCGAGUCGUAUAUGAGCUAAUAUACGACGAGGUGCGUAGCACCGAGUAUCUGCCUUAUACGACGAGAGUAAGUAGAAUAACUGUUUUGUUAUAUAGACAACUACUGAAUUCACAGACUCAUCUGUAUGGCAAUAUUUUGACAGUCAGUUCAACAAUCAACAGAACUUGCCCUAAACCUGAUAAACUACUGCUGCUAUUUAUUUAACUAAUACUUCAAACAUUGCUGAAAAACUCGAAAUUGUUAGGCAUAUAUAUUUAAAGCUUUUAGAGCUAGAAAACAAGUGCUUGUUGAUUUCAAAUCUAUGAAUUGACCUUGUUUUUAGUUCAGUUUCGUUUCUUCAAAACAAUUAUAUUCUUAUAUUCUGUUCAUCUUUUUAUCUUCGCUUUUUCAACAUUAUUUUGUUUUGAAAUUAGUACAUUUUUUAACUAGUUUAAGUAUUAAAAAUUCAUUUAUUAAUUAACCUGUAAACAAUUGCUGGAAGUAUUUUCAAUGUGUUUUUUAUUUCUGUUAAUGCUAUAAAAAGCAAAUAACCUGCUGUUUUCUCGUUCAAAAAACUACGGUAAUUUUUGAGCUGCCAUCUUGAACCACCACCGUCAUAACCAUAACCACCAUCAUAACAAUAAACACCACCGCCAUCACCAACAUGAACACACACCAUCAUUGUUACGAAUAUAAAAUUUCUAUCAUAUAAACAAAUUUUGGUAAAGAUAAGUUUUGAGAUAACAUCGCUACUUUGAAGUUCUCAAAAUUCAUGUUUUUUUAUUCUAGGCCCUCUGACAAACAAGAAACAAGGUCCCGGCUCCAUACAGCAUAGCGGAGGCUUGUGUAUUCAUGUUUUACGGGGCGCUCAUACAAGACCAAUAGAAGGACAAAUCCUUGUGACAUAUGUGAGAUGUGGAGAAGACAGGCUGGAGUUCCAGCUCUUGCCGAAUGGGAUACUGACACUUACUAGAUAUGCCAUGUGCGUAAAGCCUGUUGGCCUGGUGACUGAUGGAGUGCUGGUUGGUAAACUAGUUUUGAAAUAUAUUUCUUGUUUUGAGAUGUACUUCUUGUUACAAUGUGUUAACGCUGAACGAGAAAAAACAGACAGGAUGGAUUAUAGAUAUGACCUAUUCAAUUUCUACUAACUUUAUUUUCACUGGAUACCUUACCUACCUAUACCUAUACCUGCCUACCUACACUACCUACCUACCUACCUAUACCUAUACCUACAAUCCUGGCAAAAACUAAUGAAACAUCCAGUUUGAUUAACAAUUUAAUUUAUUCUUCCCCCCUUCCCCCCUUCCAUGAAUGUUGAUUAAGAUGAGCAAGAACCUACACAUAGUGCUAUCUGCCAUCGAUGAACUAUUGUACACAAUUUUUUAGAAUCUAUGUCCAACAUUGUGCAGGGGGAGGGGAUUUUGUCUGUUUUAUUGAUUUUUUAUAGGUGUUUCAUUAACUUUUUGCCAAGAUUGUACCUACAGUACCUACAUACAUACAUACAUACUGUACACACAUACCUAUACCUAUAUAUACCUAUACAUAUUUACCUUACCUACCUACAUAUUUACCUGCUUAUGUACAUACCUUCAUAUUUGCAUAUUUACCCUACAUAUUUACCUACCUACAUAUUUACCUGCCUCUUUAUUUCAAGGUGGGUGUUUUCAGCAGUUGUAAUGUGACAGACACGUGGAAUUGGACUGCCCAAGGAUCACUGCAGUACAAAAAGAAAAUGUGUCUUAAGCCUGAAUAUGGGGUGGACCCAAAGAGUAAUGAAAAGCUCGUGCUUUACUCAGUCUGUAACGAGCGACAAAAUUUCUUUGAGUUUGUGCCCAGUAAGUAUCUCUCAGUGCUUUAUCUAACUGGACUAUCUCACGUGAAUUGUCAAAGGGAAAGUAAAAGGCGAUGGCAAUCUGUAUGCCGUUUACAUGCCACUAACUAACUUUAUACAUACGUACUGGGAGCUGUAUCAAUUCUUUCGAGUUCCAGUAAGGGUUAUUCCUUAUUCAUUUAGUCUUACUACAGAAGGAAACCUAAACUAUAUCAACUUUUAUGCUGGGUAGCUCAUUCACUAACUUUAUUUAUACUGGGUAGCUUUUAUUGGUCUAUUUCUAUAAACUGUUCUUUGUAGAAAUCCAGUAAGGACCAUUCCUUAUUUGUUCAGUGUUACUACCGAGUACCCGAGAAAUCUUGCGCUGUUUGGUAGAGACAAACCAUGGAUAGUGUUUUUAUGAUUUAUGAUCAAACAGAAGCACUCUUCUCACAUUGGAACAAAGGGAAAUUAAAAUCCAACAACUGCAUUAGUAUUGCAGAAAGAAUUCAAUGCACCAAAUACUAUGCUACUAAAACUUUCCUGCAGGCUCCCUUAAAUCUAGUACUUUCUCUAGCUUUUCAGGCUUAACCUAAAUCACGUUUUCCAUUUCAGCAUCUGGGUGGUAUUUAUACAUCGAAGCCUCAUCACCAAGGCGACCGAACGACAUAGCUCGAUUGAUCUCACCAUCGACAACAAAAGCCAAAUCCUGUUUCCUCUUUUUUUAUCACAUGUUCGGCCGUGACGUGGGUAAACUUCAGGUAUUUAUUUUGAUUUAUGUAUUUAUUAACUUUCCGAAACGGGUCCACAUGCGAGUGUCAUGGCAUCGGGUGAUCAAGGUCAACAUAAAUAAACAUAGUAUAUCAUAUACAAUAAAGAUCCCUUGUCGCGGAGUGAAAGCUUUGGUGCAUGAUGAAGAUUCUGAAGUGAGCAAACCUAUACUAUACCAUAUUUUCUCGAUAUUUGUGGUAUCAAGUACUUUCCAACUUAUCGCAGAGGCUGAAAUAACAUUCAAAAAUUGGCAUACAUAUACACUAUAUCAAAUAUAGAAUACAUAAUUAUACGCUAUCAAAACAAGCCAUAUAAAAGAACGGAAGAACUCACUAUCAGAACACGCAAUCGAAACUUGCGGUACUCGGUACAGUAAACUGUAAGGUAUCCUACAUAAACAUUUUUUAUAACAUAAUACCGAUUUAACAAUAUAUACUCUACAUAAACAUAGUAGUAUAUCAUACGUAAAAAUUCCUUGUCGGAGUGAAACUUUUGGUGGCGAAGAUUUUGAAGUGAACCAACCUAGGCCUAUAUACUAUAUUAUAUUAUAUUUUCUCAAUCUUUGUGAUAUCGAGUACUUUCCAACCUAUCGUAGAGCCUGAAAUAACAUAAAUAUAUGUGUAAAAUUUUAGGUCUACGUGAAAUCUGGGGGUAAGAUGGUCAGAUUCUGUGUGGAGUCUUUCUGUUAUUUUUUGUUCGGAAAAAUGUCUGGCCAAUCUGGCAUUCGAUCGGAAAAACUAUAAUUUGGUCGGAAAAUGUCCGACUGCUAUUUCAGGCUUUUCUAUCGUGAACUGAAACACAUUCAUACACUGAUAAAUAUAUAUAUUUACAAUUUCAGGUCUACGUGAAAUCUAGGGGUAAGAUGGAUUCUGUGUGGAGUCUUUCUGGAGAUCAAGGUAACGAAUGGCAUCAAGCACAAGUGGCUGUGAACAAUCAAACGGUGUCAUAUCAGGUGAGUAUGCAUGUAUAG